AUGUUCUCGCCCUCCGGCCCCCGGGGCGGCGGUGGCGGCGGCGCGCGGCGGCGGGGCGAGCUGCCCAGGGACAGCCGGGCGCGCUUCUUCAUCGACCGCGACGGCUUCCUGUUCAGGUACGUGCUGGACUACCUGCGGGACCGGCGGCUGGCGCUGCCCGAGCACUUCCCCGAGAAGGAGCGCCUCCUGCGCGAGGCCGAGUACUUCCAGCUCGCCGACCUGGUGCAGCUGCUGGCGCCCAAGGUCGCCAAGCAGAACUCGCUCAACGACGAGGGCUGCCAGAGCGACCUGGAGGACACGCUGUCGCAGGGCAGCAGCGACGCGCUCCUGCUGCGGGGGGCGGCGGCGGGCGCGCCCUCGGGGCCCGGGGCGCACGGCGGCGCCGGCGCUGGCGGCGGCAUUGGCCUUGGCCUUGGCCUUGGUGGCGGCGGCGGGACGGACCGGCGCUCGGGCUUCCUGACGCUCGGCUACCGCGGCUCCUCCACGGCCGUGCGGGACCAGCAGGCGGACGCCCGGUUCCGGCGGGUGGCGCGCAUCCUGGUGUGCGGGCGCAUCGCGCUGGCCAAGGAGGUCUUCGGGGACACGCUCAACGAGAGCCGCGACCCCGACCGGCCGCCCGACAAGUACACGUCCCGCUUCUACCUCAAGUUCACGCACCUGGAGCAGGCGUUCGACCGGCUGUCCGAGGCCGGCUUCCACAUGGUGGCGUGCAACUCCUCCGGCGCCGCCGCCUUCGUGCACCAGUACCGCGACGACAAGGUCUGGAGCAGCUACACCGAGUACAUCUUCUUCCGACCAUCUCAGAAAAUGGUGUCACCCAAACAAGAGCAUGAAGACAGGAAACAUGACAAAGUCACCGAUAAAGGGAGUGAAAGUGGGACUUCCUGUAAUGAGCUCUCCACCUCCAGCUGUGACAGCCACUCGGAGGCCAGCACCCCCCAGGACAACCCGGCCAGCGGCCAGCAGGCCACCGCUCACCAGCCCAGCACCUUAACCUUGGAUCGCCCUUCCAAAAAAGCGCCUGUGCAGUGGAUGCCCCCGCCCGACAAACGCAGGAACAGUGAACUCUUUCAGACGCUCAUCAGCAAGUCCCGGGAAACCAACCUUUCCAAAAAGAAAGUCUGCGAGAAGCUCAGCGUGGAAGAAGAAAUGAAAAAGUGUAUUCAGGAUUUUAAAAAGAUCCACAUCCCGGAUUACUUCCCCGAGCGGAAACGCCAGUGGCAAUCCGAACUGUUACAGAAGUAUGGCUUAUAG